AUGGAAGGGGUUGGGGACCCUCAGNAUUGGAAGGCUCUGAGAGUGGAAGUUUAUGGAGUACUUCUAACUAAAGUUCCAUCACAACCUCCUACUGCCUUCAAGUUGAUCGCAAGCUCCUCUUCCAGCAUUACAGCUUCCUGGCAGCUACCACCAAUCUUUGCCAGACAUGGAAGAAACAUUACAGGGUUUAAACUUUUUUACAGAGAGGAGGACUUCGCGGGAUGUUUUUCCUUCUUCAAUAUUACCGGUGGAUCGACAUUAAGCAGACUUGUGACUGGUCUCAAAGAGUACGCAGGAUAUGAGUUUCAAGUGUUGGCCUACACAUCUGAUGGUGAUGGACCAAAAAGUUUUGUUGAAGUGGAAAGGACGAUGGAGGAUGCUCCUUCGCGACCUCCAUCGAACUUCUAUGUCACUGCAACUUCUUCUACCAUUGUUACGGCAUCAUGGCAACUACCACUGGCAGACUCCAGAAAUGGAAUUAUAAAACGAUUUAAAGUGUUUUACAAAAGGAAAGACUCCUCAGUGUCAGGAACCAUCCUUCCUAUCAACAGUAACUCAACUUUAGACAAAAAUGUCACUGGUCUUAAUAAGUACACAGAAUAUGAAUUUCAAGUGUUGGCCUUUACUUCUGUUGGGGAUGGACCAAACAGCUCUGUGGUUGUUAUGAGAACAAGCGAAGAUGUUCCUUCAGAGCCCCCUGGUGGCUUCACUUUGACUGCAAGUACUUCCACUAGUAUAACAGCAUCCUGGCAGUUACCACCAGAAGACUCCAGAAAUGGAGUUAUAACAGGAUAUAAACUGUUCUACAAAAGAAGAGGCAUUUCAGGGCCAGCAAGCAUGCAGUCCAUUAACAAUCAGGCAACUCGCACUAAAGAGGUGACUGGGCUUGAUAAGUUCACGGAAUAUGAAUUUCAAAUAUUGGCUUUCACUUCUGUUGGGGAUGGACCAAAUAGUACAGCUAUUUUUGAGAAAACAAAGGAGGCUGCUCCUUCAGGACCUCCCUCUCGGUUCAGUGUCACUGUGAACUCUUCAACCAGUAUUACAGCCUCAUGGCAUUUACCACCAGAGGACUCCAGACAUGGUAUCAUCAGAGGAUAUAAACUGUUCUAUAAAAAGAAAGACUUAGGUUUAGCAACCUCCUUGACUAUUGACAAUGGAAACACAUCAAAAAGAGUCACCAACCUUGACAAAUACACUAAAUAUGAAUUUCAAGUGUUGGCCUUCACCUCUGUUGGUAAUGGACCGAACACCUCUUCUGUUUUCACAACAACAAUGGAAGAUGCUCCCAGUGCACCUACGUCUUUGUCUUUUGUUGAUGUACCACCUAGCAAUUUACAUGGUCCUAGAAUAACCUUGUCCUGGAGCAGGCCUGCAAAACCAAAUGGAGUCAUUAGAAGAUACACUGUGUUUUAUAGUCACCACGGAGGUGCGGCAAGAGAGGAAUCUGGAUUAGACAAAGAUGCAUUGAGUCACACAGUUGAUGUGUUGGGUGGAGUGACUUAUCAGUUUCAUGUCAGAGCUGUAACUAAUAAACCUGGAACAAAUGGGACGAUAACUGUAACUACCACAGAAUACAGUGG